CUGGCAAUGGCCGGAUUUGUUGUUGGUGUUUUUUUGGGACAUGGAUGAUUACUUCCGAAAAUAGAGGAGCGAAGGUUUCAGUUUCAGGAAAACAAACUUCAUCAAGAUGACAGAAGUGCACCUCCCGUAAUUAGACAGACGACUCGCGGAGGAGCAGCGCCAAGAUGCCCCCGAGCUCCGGGGAAUUAUGGGAGCACCAUUUGAUGCCCCAGCAGGUGACGGUGGACUGCCUGCUGCCGACCGGCGUGAUCGUGCCCAUCCUGUGUGGCCGAGACUCCACCCUGGAGACCAUCAAGAAAGACCUAUGGCUGGAAGCGAAAAAGUAUCCGUUGUUCAAGAAGUUGAUGGAGCCAGAGUCGUACAUCUUCCUGGCCAUCACGCAAGACGCGAUGCGGGAGGAGUUUUACGAUGAGACUCGACGGCUGUGCGACCUUCGACUCUUCCAGCCCAUCCUAAAGGUCAUGGAGCCCAAGGGUAACCGCAAGGAGAAAAUGCUCAACUACGAGAUUGGCAUGCUCAUUGGUGUCCCUGUCAAUGAAUUCAAUGAAAACAAAGACUUGGAAGUGAUCACUUUCCGACGUAAUAUCCUUAAGUCUUGCAAAGAUGUCGUCGACCAAAGAGAUGUCGGAGGUGACCACACCAGGGCCCUGUACGCCUACCCUCCGGACAUCGAGUCGUCUGAGGAGCUCCCGCAACAUUUGAUGGAGAAGCUCAGCACUUUCACCUAUGAGCACUCAGUCAUCAUCUGCGUGUGGGUGGUGUCCGACGACAACAACCGAGUCAAGUACACGGUCAAGGUCGCCCCGACGGCCUACCCGAGUGACGUGAUCGCUGAGACCAUCCGGCGGCGCAGUCGCUUCAUGAACAUGAGCCGCGAGCACGCGGAGCGCUGCAUCGAGGAGUACCGCCACAUGUACGUGCUCAAAGUGUGCGGCUGCGACCAGUUCCUGUUGGCCGAGUGCCCUGUCAGCCAGUACAAGUACAUUCGCCAGUGCCUGGCCAAAGAGAUCAUCCCACAGCUUAUGCUACACACAAAGGAGAGUGUGUAUGCCACAUUGCCCGAGAUCAACUUCUUUUGGCCAUCGUACAUGCAAAGAGAUCUUCAUCCGAGCGUGCAUCUACCACGGCACAGAGGCGCUGUGCGAGGCGAAGAACACCCACCAGGUGGACUCAUCCAGCCCCCGUUGGGAUGAGUGGCUCGAGUUCCUCAUGGUGCCUGAUCUCCCGCGCUCGGCCCGCCUCUGUCUCUCCAUCUGCUCCGAGUCCAAGAGGAGGAACAGAAAGGUUCAAUACGCUCUGGCCUGGGGCAACCUGCAGCUGUUCGACUUCAACAAGCGACACCUGGAGGACAAGUUCCGGCUGUACCUGUGGUCUAUGCCGCAGGGAAUGGACGACCUUCUCAACCCCAUCGGAACGACAGGCUCCAACCCGAGCAAGGACUGUCCGUGCCUGGAGAUCGAGUUUGACGAGUUCACCCACCCGCUGUCCUACCCUCCGGACUCGCACUUGGAGCAGCUGUCGCAGGUCGUGGCCCUCAAGGAGAAUCAGAGCAACAUCCCCCACACGGUGACGGAGGAACAGCUGUCCCAGCUGGAGGAGAUCGUGGAGAAAGACCCGCUGUCUGAUCUGUCGGAACAGGAGAAGACGCUGCUCUGGGCCCUCAGGGACAAGUGCCCUAGUCUCCCUAAAGCUUUGCCCAAACUUCUCAACGCUGUCAAGUGGUGGGACCGAGAGAGCGUUGCACAGCUGUACGAGUUGCUGAAGCGCUGGCCCGUCAUCCCGGCGGAGGUGGCCCUGGAGCUGCUCGACUGCUCCUACACCGACCUCAAGGUGCGGCAGUUUGCCGUCAAGUGCCUGGACCAGGGACUCAUGGACGACAAACUGGCGCAGUAUCUGCUGCAGCUUGUACAGGCCAUGAAGUACGAGCCGUAUCACGACAACCCGCUGACCCGGUUCCUGCUCAAGCGCAGUCUCCUCAGCCAGAGGAUCGGCAAUGCUUUCUUUUGGCAUUUGAAGUCAGAGAUGCACCAGACGUCGAUCCGCCUGCGGUUUGGCCUCAUCCUGGAGGCGUACUGCCGAGGCUGUGGCCCCUACCUCAAGAACCUGGCCCAGCAAGUGGAGGCGCUGGACAAAUUGACCAAGCUGACGGACAUGCUCAAGCACGAAGUCAACAGUACUUGCGUCAAGACAUGCUCACCCUGCAAGUUAUUCGGCUCAUGGACACUAUAUGGAAAGACGAGGGUCUUGAUUUGAAGAUGAUUCCUUACGGCUGUCUGUCCACGGGCAAAGACGUGGGGGUCAUCGAGGUCGUCCAGAACGCCAAGACCAUCACGGCCAUCCAGUCCAAAGGGGGCGCUCUCUCCUCUAUACAGAUUGACUCCGUAUUCCACAUUGAUUUUGGUCACUUUUUGGACCACAAGAAGAAGAAAUUUGGUAUCAACCGAGAGCGAGUGCCUUUUGUCCUGACAGAAGAUUUCCAGAGGGUCAUCGCCAAGGGCGCCAGUCGGCCGGAGAAAGACCCGGGAUUUAAGGAGUUUCAGAACCUUUGUCUGAACGCGUACCUGAUCCUGCGGCAGCACGCCAGCUUGUUCAUCACCCUGUUCACCAUGAUGCUGCAGUGUGGUAUUCCCGAGCUGCAGUCGCUGGAUGACAUCGGAUACAUCCGGAAGACGCUGGCGGUGGAAAAGUCGGAGGAGAAGGCCAAGGAGUACUUCCAGAACCAGUUCCACAGCGCGUACGGGGACUCGUGGACCACCAAGGUGGACUGGCUCUUCCACAACAUGAGGCACAAACACAAGGGACCGACGCAGUCCGGCAAGAAGGACAAGACGGAGAACCCCUCCAAGUAGUGGGGAAUGUUUGGAGGAGGAGGGAGAGGAUGAGGAGGAGGGAGGAGGAGAGAGAGGAGGAGGUAGGAGUAGGAGGAUAGAG